AUGUCAACUGUUGCCUCCCCUCAAGUUCCUCAUCAUGCCUUCAGUCAGGUCAUGUUCAUUCUCUCUUCCUCAUGCAUGGUGGUGCUGAUGGCGAGUGCUCUCUUGCUUUCUAUCACUGCUUUCACUUCGGAAGCUUUGCCAAUAAUUGCUUCUUCUUCUAGGAGAGCUCCUCCUCGCAUCAACCUUCCCUAUCAUGAGCUUCAAAAUAGAAUUGCUGGACUCGUCCUAACCAAUCAUGAGUCAGAUUCUAAUAUUUCUCUUCAAAAAUUGUACAAUGAAUCGAUUUAUGUGGAUAAUGGAUCGUAUCAAAUUCGACCUCAACUAUUGGUUCUUCCACGUACAGUUCAAGACGUUCAAGAAACUAUUGUAUUUUCACAAAAGUAUCAUGCCAGCUUUUCUGUCAAGGGAGGAGGACACAGUGCAGCAGGAUAUUGUUUGAAUCAUGACAUUGUGUUAGAUAUGAGAUAUUUCAAUCGAUCGUUCAUGUUAGAUCCUUCGAGAGGUAUUGCUUUCAUUGAAGCUGGAAUGGUUUGGAAAGAUGUUUAUCCUCUUCUCAAUCCAUACAUUCCAAUUGCUGGAACGUGUCCUCUUGUGGGAGCCAUGGGUUUCACUCUCGGUGGUGGCUAUUCGAUGCUUUCGAGAAGUUAUGGACUUGGUAGUGAUCAAGUGCUUGAAUUUGAUGUGGUUACUGCAGAUGCUCAUUACAUUCAUGUGAAUAAUGAGAGUCAUCCUGAUUUGUUUUGGGCCUUGAGAGGAGGAGGUGGUGGAAACUUUGGUGUCGUCAUGGCCAUCAAGACACAAACGUAUCGAGCUCAGAAUAUUUUCACGGCAGAGAUUUGUUGGACUUUUGAACAGGCAUUGGAAGUGAUGGAUUAUUACAACAAGUGGACACAAACAGUUCCUAAAGAAAUGGCAGUCUAUGUCUUGUUCUUCCAGGUACCUCAAACUGGACAGGAUAAUCUAUGUCUGACGUUUGUUUAUAAUGGAGCCUAUUCAGAGGGUUACAAAUUAUAUUCACCUUUUCUUUCGAUGGGAGGAAGUGUCAUUUUCCAAAAAGAACAAACCUUUAUAUCAUUUAUUCAUGGAUUUUCAAGUGGAACGACAGAUAUUAAGAAUCGUUUGGGAAUUGUCAAAUCUGGAUUAGUGAGUAAGGGAGGAUUUACCAAGCAAUUGACCUCUGUGAUUUAUCAAUUCAUGAAGAACAGACCCUCUAAAUCAUCCAUGUUGAUUGUUUCACAUGUUGGUGGAAGAAUUCGAGAAAUUGAUUUGGAAUCGAGUGCCUUCUAUCGACGCGAUGCAGAAUUCACAUUUGAAAUUAAGGCAAUCUUCACCAAGAAGGAAGAGUAUUCCAUGAACAGUGAGUGGAUUGAAACAUUUUAUGCUCAAAUGAACCCUCACUUCAAUGGAGCAUAUAUUAAUUAUAUUGAUGCAUUUCUUCCCAAAUGGAAGGAAGCUUAUUACGGACCUUUUUAUGACAAGUUAUUGCAAACUAAGAAAAAGUAUGAUCCUACUAACUUUUUCAAUUUCAAACAAAGUAUAGGAUCUAAUUAUGAUCCUUCUAAUGAAAAUAUUGAUGGGAAAGUGAAGAGCUUUGAAGGAAAAUCACCAUCUCGAAACAGAGAUCAAGAAAUUUUGAAACGAGUACAUUUAUUUCAAUUAGGACAAGUGAAUCGAGAUGUGUCAUUCUUAUCCACACUCUUUGCUGAACAAUCCAUUGCAAAUAUUCCCAUUGGAAGUUCACAAGUCAAAGGAAAGGAGAAUAUCAUGACAAAUUUUGGCAGUUUUUUCAACACUCUUGUGAACAUUACAGAAAGCAUUACAAGCAAAAUUGAAGUGAACGAAUUAUAUGCUGGUUUCACCAAAACCAUUUCACAAUUUACCAAGAAGGGUUGUCAUGUAAAGUAUCAUGUGGUCAAUUGGUUCCAAUUUAAUGAGCAAUUAGAAAUUACAGAAUUUAGUGCCUUAUUUAAUUUGACUCAUGUGAUUGAGCAAGCCAAUUGCAAGACAACUGCAAGACCUUAA